AAAAUGGCUGCCCCGAGGCAGCCCGCUCCGCGCCGAGGCUGAGCGCGGGGGGCGACGAGGCGGCGGGGACCCCCCUCCUGCGGCCCGAACCGGGCAGCCGGGACGCACAGGUGUGAGCACAGUUCCGGCUACCCAGCUUCCAGUACCACCGCCACCAUCUCCACCACGCAGAAUUGGGAAAAAAGGAUAAAAAUGAUCAAGUUUUUCCUUAUGGUGAACAAACAAGGGCAGACCAGGCUCUCGAGGUAUUAUGAACACAUUGAGAUGAAUAAGCGAAUCCUCCUGGAGGCUGAAGUAAUCAAAAACUGCCUUUCUCGAUCCAAAGAGCAGUGCUCGUUCAUUGAGUAUAAGGAUUUCAAACUGAUAUACCGGCAGUACGCAGCUCUCUUCAUAGUGGUAGGAGUCAACGAAGCCGAGAAUGAGAUGGCUGUAUACGAGCUCAUCCAUAACUUUGUGGAGGUUCUGGACAAGUACUUCAGCAGAGUGAGUGAAUUAGAUGUAUCCUUUUCAGUGCAGGGAGCCUCUCUUCCCUGUGUUUUGGAAGUUUCUCAUUGCUGUGAUCAACAGUGAGACAAAACCAUCCCACUGGUGAGGAGGAACAGAGUUGGCCUGAGCUGUUUUCCAAGUAAGGUGGUCCUGAUUCUUGGGGUAAGCACUCUUCCUUAUUUCACAUUUAUUUCGAAUGGACCAGGGCCUGCAAAGGGGAAGUAAGAAAGGCAGCCUUGAAGGAGUUUGCUCCAGGACCCAACAGGGCAGGCAUCAGCAAGAACAGAAGACUUUGGGCAAAGGCGAUACUGGGCCAUUCAGUCCAGGUAUUUGUGGUGUUUGUUAAGCAUUUAGUCAGUUCCAAGUAUUGUGCUAAGUACUGGGGUAGUUAUCACACAAUCAUCUGAGAUCCAGUCCCACAUGGGGCUCAGAGUCUGUCUCCGACAGAGGCAGCGGGUCACGUGGAGGGCCGUGGGUCGGUUGUCUCCUGCACUGAUAGAUGGCUUGAGACCUAGAAUGCCCUUCAUCCAUCUCCGAUUGCGAGAAGGAUGUUUGCUUUGGUUCGAACCUGCUCCCCUCGGGCUCCAGCGGUUGUCUCCUUGCCCUAGUACUGGGGGAUUUGAGGAAUAUCAUCCAUCAACUGAGCGACUGUUCAAUUGGAACAGCACGGUGGGCUCUUGGCACCCAUGGUGAUUUACUCCGGGCCAGAUGAAGCUGGGGCUCGCUCACCCAACACGCAGGUGACAGAGUGGCAGGCUCAGAAAUCUCCAUCUACUUAUGGGCUCAGGUCCAGCUUCAGACAGUAACCCACUUUGAGUCGGGAAAAAAUUGUUCCUCUCUGUCACCGUUUCAUAUGAUGUCAUCACAUUAUGCUGCAUAAGCAUGUAAUUAUGUCAUACGCAACAUGCUGCAGAAGAGAAUUUUUCUGGCACCGCCCCCGUGCCACUCCCUCAAAGAAGGACCCGAGGGAACUCGGAUCACUCUUCGUGAAGGGCACAGGCACGGCCAUCUUCUGUCUUUGGAAAACGAGAGCGAGCUGAAGUCUCCUACGAAAGAAGAGUCAACUUUGGGCCCUUUUGCCUUACCACAGUCUCUUGCAUCUGGUUCUCUGCUGUGCUUGCCAAGCUUGGGACUCACAGGUGUUCGGAAGACCAACCCUGGGUGUGCUCUGUAAGUAGAACACCAGCCACCUCACCUGGAGGGUGCGGGCUGCCAAGCUGUUGGGAAACACAGGCGCCGCCCGAGGAGUGAGUCUUCUUGGGUUGGACCGGUGGCAGCGUCCAGGGCCUCAGCCCACGUGAGCUUCAAAGCCAGUGGCCGGGGCACAGAUCCGAACCACAGAUCACACACCCACACAGAAAGGAGGGUGACCCAUUCCGGGGGCGUCCUGCCUCAUCGUCCCCUCAGAGAUGGUGAGAGAAUCUUGGUCUCGCCGGAAACCCUUCCGGAUGAGUCGAGACUUGCAGUGGGGCGGCCGGAGCCAGCCUACUGUGGUCUGCUUAUCAGAUGAAAUGGGAACAACUCUGCCACUCCCCUUUCGGCCCCUGCCCUGCCCCGUGCGACUGCUGUGAUCGUGGUGGAGUUCCCUAGCCGGCGCAGUCCUGCAGAGGGGCCCCAGGUUUGGGCCGGGAGGGUGGGCUAGUACCCGACACGAUGGGUCACUCACUAACGAGUGAGGCAGACGCACCCUGCCCACUGGCCCUGGAAAGCAGUAGCGUGGGUGAUAAAGUCACUUCCCCGGGGUUAUGAAUCCUCAGAGGCAGAUGGUCCAAAGUGCCGGCUUCUGUAAUCUGUCAUCUCUUAAGUGAUUUUUCUGGGUCCCUUCAGGACAGCACUCCUGGGUCACUUCAGGAUAGGCUCCCUGGCUGUUGGACUCUUUUUUGUCUUCUUAUUAAUAAGUUAAUGAUGAGUCAUUUGUGUCUGAGUUAUUAACGCCAUUCCUCCUGAUCUAAGGGGCCCGUAUCGUUGCAGGUCACGCCUUGCCCCGCCUCCCCUGGAAAGCACUAGUCCAUGGUCUCCUGUGGCACAUGUUCUCAGAACAAAGGCUCAGGCCCAUUAAGGGGAGGGGAGAGAGGAUGAGAGCCACCGUGCCCACCUGAGGCUUUGCAAACUCCUCUCCCGCCAGAGUGAUGAUAAUUCCUGUUGCAGUAUUUGUUACACACUUACUUUAUACCAGGCAUUGUGGUAGGUAAAAGAUAAUCAGCGAGGGCGC